UCCCCAGCCUCAAGCCCACACAGGUGAACUCGUCCUGGGGUGGAAUGCAGCAAGGAGGGGGCCUUGACACACAGAGGAAGGAGAUGGGGAGAUGGGCGUUACAUCUCUCAGUGGGGAUUGGGCUUCUAGCCGUCCUGCUGACCGUCUGUGAUGCUGAUGUGAAAUACUGCCUCGCUGCCAAGUCCUGCUCUGAGUGCCUGCAGACUUGGAAGGGCUGCUCCUACUGCACUGAUGAGGACUUUAAUGGCCCUCGCUGUGACCUGCAAGAAAACAUACGUGCCCACGGCUGCAGAUCUAUAUUAUCAGCUGAAAGCGAAACAAUUAUGAAGAAGAAACAAGAUAUCAACAUGAAUCUCCAGCAGUCUCAGGUGUCUCCACAACUGAUGAGCAUGAGCUUCCUGCCAGGAGAGGAGAAGGUGGUUGACAUGGACGUGUUUGCUCCGACCAAUGGUCCUCUGGAUCUUUAUAUUCUUAUGGAUUUCUCCAACUCCAUGGCUGACGAUUUGGCCAACUUGAAGAAUAUGGGCGAGGAGCUAUCUCGGUUGGUGAAAGAGCUGUCAAGUGACUACAACAUCGGCUUUGGGAAGUUUGUGGACAAAGUGAUUGAGCCCCAGACGGACAUGAGACCCGUCAAACUUAAAACGCCAUGGCCCAACAGUGACCCUCCAUUCUCCUUCCAAAAUGUCAUCAAGCUAACCAGCGAUGUACAAGAAUUCACCAGUGAGCUCCAGAAGGAGAGAAUAUCUGGCAACCUGGAUGCUCCUGAAGGAGGGUUUGACGCCAUAUUGCAGGCCGCAGUUUGUGGGGAUGAGAUCGGUUGGCGAAACCACAGCACGCAUCUCCUGGUUUUCUCCACUGAGUCAGCCUUCCACUACGAGGCAGAUGGCGCUAACGUGCUGUCUGGCAUCCUGCCGCGCAACGACGAACUCUGCCACCUGGACAAAAACGGCAAAUACACAGAGGAUAUCAAUCAGGAUUACCCAUCAAUACCCACGCUGGUCCGCGUACUUGGCAAACAUAACAUCAUCCCCAUAUUUGCUGUUACAAACCACUCCUACACAUACUACAAGAAACUUCAGGAAUAUUUCCCCAUUGCUGAGGUUGGUCUGCUGCAAGAGGAUUCCUCUAACAUCCUGGAGCUCAUGAAGAUCGCCUUCGAGAAUAUCGGUUCCAAGAUGAGCAUCCGUGCUGAGGACAGACCCAAAGCAUUUGAGGCUCAGUUCCUUUCGACCAGUGGAAACCAUCUAGAGCACGGGGACUUGGAUUACAAGCCUGGAACAACAGGUAAGUUCAAGAUGCGUCUCAAAGCCCAGAGGAUGAUUGGCACGACCCCUGUCUGCCACAGCGAUCAGGAUGAGAAGGAGGGAAUGAUAAGAGUCAAGCCCACCACCUUCAACGCCGCUCUCAAUCUUGAGGCCUCGAUUCUGUGUCGGACCUGCGAAUGUGAGAAGACUCCUGUCAAGAAUGCAGCCAAAUGCCACGGCAAUGGAGACCUGGUGUGUGGGAAGUGUCGAUGUAGUGGUAACUGGCUGGGUGCAUUCUGUAACUGCUCAGCGAGUACUUCAUCUCUGGACACCAGCCAGUGCAUAGGCCCAAACAUGACGGAGCCUUGUUCAGGCCACGGAGAAUGCAUGGAGUGUGGAGGCUGUGUGUGCUACAACCCAGAUCAGUUUGAAGGACCAUACUGUCAGUAUGACAAGACCCGGUGUCAACGAUACGGAGGCUUCCUCUGCAAUGACCGUGGCUCUUGCAUCAUGGGUCGCUGUGCAUGUACAGAAGGCUGGGAGGGAAAUGCCUGCGAGUGUCCCAAGAGCGACCUGACCUGUCGGGACAGCAAGGGGGGUGUCUGCAACGGGCGAGGUAAAUGUGUGUGCGGUCUCUGUGAAUGCGGGAAAACUGCCAUGGAAAUGACUUCGACCUGUGAGCCAAAUUUCCAGUCCCAGCUGGGUGUGUGUGAGGCUACAAGACACUGUGUCCAGUGUAAAGCCUGGAAGACGGGAAAGAAAGAGGACUGUGAGAAUUGCCCCUACACAUUUAACAUGGUGGAAGAACUCAAAGAAGCGGACAAAGUGCUUGAUUCGUGCAGUUUCCGUGAUGAGGACGAUGACUGUACCUAUCACUACACUGCUGAGAACCCCAAAGAUCCAAAAGCUGCAAUCUUGGAGAUCCAAGUGCUCAAAAAGAAAGAUUGUCCCGCUGCCAGCCUCCUGUGGCUGCUCCCUCUACUCUUGUUCCUGUUGUUACUGUUGGCACUCCUGCUGCUCUGCUGCUGGAAAUUCUGUGCCUGCUGCAAAACCUGCUUCCAGAGCUGUCUUGCCCUGCUGCCUUGUUGUAGUAAAGGUCGCAUGGUCGGCUUCAGGGAAGAUGAGUAUUUGCUCCGCCAGUCUCUGCUCACCUCAGACCAUCUGGACACGCCAAUGGUGAGGACUGGCCCACCCAAAGGGACUGAUGUGGUUCGCUGGAAGGUGACAGAUAAUGUACACAGAGGACCCAAUCACCCCCUGGCUCUGAUGAUGCCUAAUCCUAAAGAGACUAUCCAGUUCCCACUCUCCGUCCGGCUGAACAGGCUUUUCUCUGACAACCUGUCCCGCCCUGAAGACAGAGAAACAGAUCAGCUCCGCAAGGAAGUGGCCGAUAACCUCAAUGAGGUGUACAAACAAAUUCCUGGGGCCCAGAAAGUGCAGAAGACCGCUUUCAGAACGCAGAGAAAUGCUGGAAAAAGGCAGGACUACACCAUCAUGGACACUGUCUUGUCCGCUCCUCGUAGCAGCUAUCCUGAUAUUGUUAAACUCACAGAAAAAAAUGUCCAGUCUGGAAAGUUCCACAACCUCAAAGUGGCGCCUGGGUACUACACUGUGGCCACAGACAGAGAGGCUGCGGGAGCCAUCGAGUUCCAGGAAGGCGUGGAGUUAUUAGACGUUCAUGUGCCGCUCUUUGUCAAAGAAGAAGACGAUGACAAGAAGCAGCUGCAUGUGGAGGCUGUGGAUGUGCCACUGGGCAUUGCUGGGAUUGGAAAACGUUUGGUCAACAUCACCAUCAUCAAAGAUCAUGCCACCAGUGUGUUCUCGUUCCUCCAGCCAGCCUACACAUACAGCAGACAGGACGGAGUGGCCAACAUUCCAAUCAGCAGGGAGAUCAUUGAGGAUGGACGAACACAGGUCACAUACCGCUCACGGGACCUCACAGCCAAGGACAAAAAGGACUAUAUAACAGUGGAAGGAGACCUGACCUAUGGUUCUGGUGAGACUCAGAAGACAGUUCCUGUUCGUCUGCUGGAGCUGGGUGAGAAAGAUGGCCUCCUGGAAGACAAACAGGUCAAGCAGUUUGUCAUGGACCUCAGUAACCCACGGCAGGGAGCCAAGCUGGGGCGCUACCCUAGAACUACUAUCACCAUCGCAGACCAGCCAGAGCCCAGCGUGAUGAUGUUCAAAAAGGGCACCCAGAACUUCUCCACAUCUGACCCGACCUACACCAUUCCUGUGGUACGUACUCGAAACCCUGAUAGCUCCGCAACAGUGAAAUGGCGUACCAAGAAGGCCCAGCGUUUCGACCUCUUCGGCCCACUGAAGUUUGGUCCUGGAGAAACAGAGAAGAACAUAGUGAUCGACCCGAAAAAACAUCCUGGUGCAAUCCAGCCUGAAACCUUCGAUCUGGAGCUGUUCGACCCAAGUAGCAAUGCUUCUCUUGGAGAUAGGAAGACCACCGUUGUCAAUGUCACAGACGGAGGUCCUGAGAUUGCUCACAUGUCACAGAAAGGCUACGUCCAGCCAAAAUGCACCUCUCCUGGUGGUCUCCUUCUCGCUCCAGGAAACCCGAAAGCCAAAGCAACUGGACCCAGAAAUAUUCACCUCAACUGGGACCCACCACCUGGUAACCCAAUGGGCUACAAGGUGAAGUAUUGGAUUUACGGCGACCCAGAAAAAGACGCCCAGGUCUUGGAUGUGAAGACGCCUCAAGCUGAGUUGACCAACCUUUACCCCUAUUGCGACUACGAGAUGCGAGUGUGCGCCUAUAAUUCAAUGGGAGAUGGCUACAAUACCGACAUGGUUGCCUGUCAGACCCUGGAAGACGUGCCUGGUGAACCUGGACGUUUGGCCUUUAACGUCAUCAGCCCGACUGUCACCCAGGUCAGUUGGGCAGAGCCCGCAGAGACAAACGGCAACAUCACAGCUUACGAAGUCAUCUACACACCCAUCGAUGAUGACCUGAAGCCGGUGGGUGCUGCCAAGAAAGUAAAGAUCGACAACCCCAAGAAACGAAUGCUGUUGAUCGAGAACCUCCAGAAUGCACAAACCUACCAGUACAAGGUCCGUGCCAAGAACAGCGUGGGCUGGGGUCCCUUCAAAGACGCUUCCAUCAACCUGGCAUCACAGCCUACCAGACCACUGUCCAUUCCCAUUAUUCCAGACAUCCCUAUUGUGGACGCAGAGGCUGGAGACGAGUAUGAUAGCUACCUGAUGUACAGCAAUGAGGUGCUGAAGUCCCCUGGAGGCUCCAAGACCCCCAGCGUCUCUGGUGAUGAUUUCAUGAUGAACGGGAAAUGGGAACAGAACUUCCAUUUCCCGGGGGGAUCAGUGACACGCAACCUGUCAACAUCAUCCUCUCCUAUGUCCACCCUGAGCUCAAACUACAGAGGAGGAGGCAGCUCCUUCACCACAGAGACAUCCACCACCUACAUGUCCGGACCAGGAGGCUCUCGCAGGACAGAUAUGAUUGGAGGUGGAGUACAUUCAUCGGAAGUCAUCAUGAGGAAGCGCUCGGAGAACAGGGCUUACACAGAAGAGAACAUCCGGGACUCAAUUGUCAUGGGAGAUUUGUCAAGCAAGUUUUCAGAACUGGGUGGUUUCGGCUACACUGGGAUGCAGAGCAGCUCUCAGAGCCAGUUCAGCUACAACCUGCCUCAGGGUUCCAGGGCCAGGACCCAGUCUUCAGACGUCAACGAAGCCUUAUAUAGUCUGGACAGGGUGCUCCAGGAUGCACGACUUUCUCCUGGGGUCCCAGACACCCCCAGCAGACUGGUGUUUUCCGCACUGGGUCCCACUGCCCUCAAGGUCAGCUGGCAGGAGCCCCGAUGUGAGAAAAACAUCCUUGGCUACUGUGUCCUCUACCAGCAGCUCAAUGGAGGUGAUCAAAAGCACAUUAUGACAAACCCAGCAGAGAACUCUGUGAUCAUCCAGGACCUGCUGCCCAACUACUCCUAUCUAUUUAAGGUGAAGGCUAAGAGCCAGGAGGGCUGGGGCCCAGAAAGAGAAGGAGUCAUCACCAUUGAAUCUGCAGUCGAUCCCAAGAGUCCUCUCAGCCCAAUGCCAGGCUCACCAUUCACUCUGAGUACUCCCAGUGCUCCAGGCCCCCUGGUUUUCACUGCUCUGAGCCCCGAUUCGCUGCAGCUCAGCUGGGAGAAGCCUCGAAAACCCAACGGAGACAUCUUGGGCUACGUGGUGACCUGCGAAGAGCUGCAUGGUGGAAGUGACACACGUUCCUUCCAGGUGAAUGGAGACAGCACCGAGACCAGUCUCACUGUUCCCAACCUGACUGAGAACGUUCCCUACAAGUUCAAAGUUCAGGCUCGAACCACACAGGGCUUCGGUCCAGAGAGGGAGGGCAUCAUCACCAUCGAAUCUGAAGAUGAAGGUGCACUGUCUCAGUACAAUAACCAGUCACUGAUGAGUAGGGAGGUUUUCCAAUUGCCAACAGAAAUCAGCACACGGACAGACAUCUCACACACCAUGCUCAAUGACCCCUACUUCUCAGAGGGGAUGAUGAUGACCACACAGCACUCGGAGACCAGCGGCAUGGUGACUCGUCAGAUCACCAAGGAGGUGGUCCAGAGGGGCAUCAUAGGAGGAACAACUGUCACAAAGAAGAUGUUUUAUGAAUCAUAAGAUUUUCUACUUAACUGUACCCAAGUUCACACCCAAAGGUCCCAACGGGAAUCUCAGGGCGUUUUCACACCUGAAAGUCUGAAUCAAGCGUCAUGUUUUUGUUACUUUGUACAGUUUAUAUUAGAUCCAUUUAGUCUUGGUUUCACAUUGUAGGCUAGCAAGACCACUAAAGACUUUUGUAUGACAUGCAAACGUCCUGUCGUCAUCACCUAAGUGGGCUGUUUACUUGACAAUGAUUGGUUUGUAGUCGGACGUGCAUCUGAUGUUGCUGUGUUGUCAGUUCGGCAGGUAGCAGUCUUUCUAUUUAAAUGGACAAAGUAAAUAAACCAGUUAAUUUUGUUACCACCAAUAAUAUUAUAUUGGUAUUUCUACCAGCAUCACCAACUUGAGGUUUAAUACUUGACACUACUUUGAAUUUGCCAAAUGAAAGUCGUCAUUGUUCAAACAUUAUAUCAUCAGAGGGAAAACUGCGAGCAAUCCUGCGAGCUGCUUUGACUCUCUUAUUCUUUUAUUUAAUCCUCUUUCAACUUCAUGCCAUAGUCUUAACAAGCCCGAAAGUCUUAACAACCCAAAAAAGUGUUUUCAAACUGCAACUGGUCAGAACCAUGGUUCAGUUUGUUCUGGACUGAGAAGGCCUCUUUUGAACUAAAUCUCAGUCUGCAGAUCUAGACCUUGGUCUGAGGCAAGUUAUUUUCAGCCCUGUCUAUUAUUUUGGUUCUUGUUUUGGAUUGUAGCCUAAACUGAAAAGGGGUGGCAUGGUGGUUGUCGGCCAGGAUCUUUCUGUGUGGUGUUUGCAUGUUAUCCCCAAGUUUACGUGGGUUUUCUCCUACAGUCAGAAUACAUGCAAAGACAUGCAGAUUGGGGGUAGGUUGAUUGGAGACUUUAAAUUGACCAUAGGUGUGAAUAUGAGUGUGAGUGAUUGUUUGUCUCUGUGUGUUGGCGACUCAUCCAGGGUGAACCACACCUCAACUGCGAUUGUCUCCAUCUCACCCCUUGACCCUCAAAAGGAUAUGCGGUACAGAUGGACUAAAGUCCUGCCUAAACAAGUAGAUGUGAAAGCACCCUGAGAUUCUCUCUCACACAGUCAGUUAUAUUUUGGGUGUGGGUGUGAGAUUCUGCGACCAAAAAAAACUAAAGUCGAGUGAUAGUGUAAAUAAAAGGAGAGGAGGCUGUUGUGUUCUUCUGUCAUGUCUGUUACGCACUGGGACGCUGUUUCCCUUCAUUGUAACAUUUCUACAACUAUCAGUGUUGCACCUGAGACUGUUUCAUCCCACGUUUUCUUUUCAAGAGGAGAAUCCUUCUGUGUUAGACUGCCCUCCUUCUGUCAGUUCAGAUCUGCCAACACACACUGGGGCUUUACACAGCCCAGCACAGGUCAGUAAUCUGACUGCAGUUCAGUAAUCCAAAGUGACCCUUCUCCACUUGUCCCCUGUCCCCCCAUCCGUCUGUAAGAAACGCAACGUGUUCGAUAAACUCACCAAAUCUUCAAACCAUGUUUAGUCUGAAAGCGUUCUGAUCUGCAGGAAGUUUUGGCUUCGUUUUUGUGGCGGAUGCUUUACACAUUUCAUUUUCAUCUGUCCUGAGGGGUGGAGGGCACAGAGGUGGUGUGUUUGGGAUUCUGUUCAUAGAUUUGUAUGAUAUUAAAAUGCAAUAAAGCUUUCUUCAAGCAUAUUUCAUACUAAAGAUUUUUAUCUAAGCAGACUGUCUUAAAUGAAUUAAAUGCCAAAUAUAGAAAGAUUUGAUACACUUAUUUCCUACUGUCAAGCUAAGGGCAUGAUUAUGAUCUCAAAACUCUAUUUGAUAUAAUAUGCUUUUGCUUUUGUAUUUCAGAUGUUUUCUUUUUCAAAAUGUUUUAUCCAGUUGCUGUGUCUACUGUUGUAUUUUGCAUUUUGAGUGGAUUAACAUUUCAGUGAUAGGUUGAAAUUUUUAGAGGAACGGUAUGUAAAGACAGAAAGAUUGUAUUUCCUUCUAUGCAUGUCCUACUGUGUUUUGGGCUUGAAUUUGGAUGAAAAUGCUUUUGUAAAACAUUUUGAGGAGGAUUUUUCAGAAAUAAAGAUGCAGAUAAGUGAA